AAGGGCACACAGUAUGUUUUUUGCUGGGAUUGGGGGAGGACCAGGCAGGUGAGAGGUGUGUGUGUGCAGGGGGUGGGGAGCUGUCUCUCUCUCUCUCUGGGAGGCUGGAGGAGGCUGGUUUAUGUAAAUAUCUCAAGUUCCUGACUUUCUCAGCCUGGAGCUGCUCAGUUCCAGCGAGAACAUUAUCAAAAACGGCUGUGGGAUUUGAGGCUGCCUGAGUUCCCUGCUCUGCGCAUACAAGGCAAGGUUUUGGCUACUGCCCAGGACAGGUAUCCAGCCUUCAGAGGAAAAGAAGAGCCCAUUUGGAUUUAUCACUAGGUCCUGAAUACUACAAGCCAUAAUUACAGAAUACAGCAACCCUUUCAGGCUGGUACCCAGCACUACAACAAGCAUGUGUUUCUGUCACUGUCCCACCAAAGUUUUUUCUUGUCUAAUCUAAUAUUUUGGAGUGCAAUUAAAUUGCACAGAUUUGUCUCUUGUUUUUGCUGUUUCUUUUUUUUUUUUUUUUUUUUUUUUGCUCGACCCUUUGGAAUUGGACUUGGAGGAUCUUACAGAUUUUGUUUUCUGAGCAGCAAGUCCUGCUGUCUUUCUUCUUUUAUUCUGUGGAGCCAGGGCAUCUGCAUAGCGUGGACAGUGGACAUCGGGGGUCGUGUUAGGAUCCCUGAGUGUCCUUCUGAGCUCCCGCCAUGCUAGCUCGGGAACCAAUCGUGUGGCUGUUUGUCCUGCAGACCUUAUGCUCCGCCUUCUCCAGGGACUUGGCACCACCCACUCCACGCGUACAGCUGUCUUUCAGAGAUCUCAAGGCUUCUGGCACUGCUCACUUUCUAAGCUUUCUGCUGAACACAACAGACUACCGGAUCCUACUAAAGGAUGAAGAUCAUGAUCGUAUGUAUGUUGGGAGCAAAGACUUCAUUUUAUCUUUGGACCUGCAGGAUAUCAACCGCGAACCUCUCAUUAUACACUGGCCAGCAUCCCAGCAGAGGAUAGAAGAAUGCGUGUUAUCUGGGAAAGACAGCAAUGGGGAAUGUGGUAAUUUUAUCCGUCUGAUCCAGCCAUGGAAUAGAACUCAUCUAUAUGUUUGUGGAACGGGGGCAUACAAUCCUGUGUGUACCCACAUCAACAGAGGGCGCAAAGCUCAGGCCUCAGCGCUGAAUCAUACAUUACUCCCUGGAGGACGAGGGAGCAGAGCUGCAGAUUCCCUGCUCACCCCAACGCCUGCUGACCAUAAGGAUUAUGUGUUUUAUCUGGAGCCAGAUCGGGUGGAAUCUGGAAAGGGAAAGUGUGCCUAUGACCCCAAGCUAGAUAGUGUAUCAGCCCUUAUCAAUGAAGAGCUGUACUCUGGUGUAUAUAUAGAUUUCAUGGGGACGGACGCUGCCAUUUUCCGAGCAAUGGGAAAGCAGGCAGCAAUGAGAACAGACCAGUACAACUCACGCUGGCUCAAUGACCCGGCAUUUGUCCACGUGCAUCUCAUUCCGGACAGCGCAGAUCGAAAUGAUGACAAACUUUACUUCUUCUUCCGUGAAAAGUCUACAGAUUCGCCUCACAGUCCCACGGUCUACUCCCGCAUUGGACGUGUCUGCCUCAACGAUGAUGGAGGUCACUGCUGCCUUGUCAAUAAAUGGAGCACUUUUCUGAAGGCACGACUGAUAUGCUCAGUGCCUGGAGCCGACGGAAUAGAGACUCACUUCGAUGAGCUACAGGAUGUAUUUAUCCAGCAGACACAGGACAAUAAAAAUCCAGUAAUAUAUGCAGUCUUUUCUUCAUCGGGAUCUGUGUUUAAAGGGUCAGCAGUUUGUGUGUACUCCAUGUCAGACAUCCGUAUGGUGUUUAAUGGGCCAUUUGCGCACAAAGAGGGACCCAGCUACCAGUGGAUGCCUUACACGGGAAAGAUUCCAUACCCACGACCUGGCACGUGUCCAGGUGGUACCUUCACCCCCUCAAUGAAGUCCACCAAGGAUUACCCAGAUGAGGUGAUAAACUUCAUGCGCACGCACCCUGUCAUGUACAAUCCUGUGUAUCCAGUGCACCGCCAGCCAUUGUUAGUCCGCACCAAUGUCAAUUACCGAUUCACAACCAUUGCAGUAGACCAAGUGGAUGCAUCUGACGGGCGCUAUGAAGUGUUGUUUUUGGGCACAGAUAAGGGAACAGUACAGAAAGUGAUUGUUCUUCCAAAAGAUGACCUUGAGACAGACGAGCUAAUAUUAGAAGAAGUAGAAGUGUUCAAGGUACCAGCACCCAUUAAAUCCAUGAAGAUUUCUACAAAGAGACAACAGCUUUACGUGGCUUCUGUGUCGGGAGUGACCCACCUGGCCCUCCAUCGCUGUGAUGUGUAUGGUGAGGCUUGUGCAGAUUGCUGUCUCGCCCGAGAUCCUUACUGUGCCUGGGACGGGAAGACCUGCUCUCGCUACUCAGCUUCCUCCAAGAGACGUAGCCGACGUCAGGAUGUAAGACACGGGAAUCCAAUGAGGCAGUGCAGAGGGUACAAUUCAAAUGCCAGUAAGAAUGGGGUGGACGGAGUGCAGUAUGGAGUGGAGGGCAGCUCAGCCUUUCUGGAGUGUCAGCCACGCUCCCCCCAAGCCUCGGUGAAAUGGAUUCUCCAGAAGGACAACACUGAUCGAAAGAAAGAGCUCCGUUCUGAAGGUCGCUUCCUGAAGACAGAACAAGGACUCCUCAUGCGCUCCCUGCAACUGUCCGACUCUGGAAUAUACCACUGCACAGCCACUGAGAAUAAUUUUAAGCACACUGUGGUGCGUGUCCGGCUCCAUGUUCUGGGUGCUGACGCUGUCACAGCAGCAAUCCUUCAACCAGAACCUCCUGUGGCCCUUGCCACCAACCCAGCUGGGCCCCCAGGGGCCUAUGAUGAUUUAGUACAGCUUCUUUCUCAGCCUGAGAUGGGGCUUCUCAAUCAGUACUGUCAGGGAUACUGGCGCCCUUCAGGCUCUACUCAGACUGAUACAAAGGAGUUUCAGGACCAAAAACGUGCCAGGAAUCGGAGAAAUCAUCCGCCCACUGGGGAACUGCAGACAUGAAACAGGACCAAGCAAUUCUAGGACCAACUAUUCUUCAUCUCCUUACUCCCCCCACAUCUGGCCUCCUUUCUGGACUGACCUCUAUUUUAUUUUUUACACAAACCUAAUUUUUUUUAAAUAUCAUGACAAAAAAAACAGAACAAACUAUAAAUAUAUAAAUAUAUAAAAUAUAUAUAUAAAGAAAGAAUGGAGUUUACUCUUAACUGAGUCUCUUAGACUUUAUUUAUUGGGGGAACUGAAUUCCCUCCCAUGCCAAUUCCUCUUUUACCGGGGUGCAGUAUGGACAGAGAGGAUUGGUCCUAGUUUCUGAAAUUAUGUGACAUUUCACCAUUGGGGGACUCUUUACAUCAUGUGAUUCUACCGAAACCCUGACGCUCCUGUCUUCUUUGCUUGAGGGACCUGCAGAGUGUCGGCGGAGUGUUACUGCUUUAAUACUACCAGAGCCUGCAGAUAAUUGCACAUAAACCCCUCUAAGACUACACAAACUGUCGGGUGUUAAUCUGUCACCCACCAGUACUUCAGGAAUCUGCAGAUCAUUGCUCCAUGACCACUUCGCAAUACAGUUUGCAGAGCCCCUCUCCAUUAUCCCCGCUCUGCAGGCUGAAACUUCAAUAAAGAAUCUCUGACAAAGAUUUUGUCUCUGUUGUUACACCAUAGACACCAUGAUGUGAUGUGUGUGUCAUCCCGCUUCUCCUACACUACGAAGUUUGCCCUGUCCAAGGCCAUGUGUUUGAAUCUCACCCCCAUUUUUUCUCUUGGAUUAAAAUUGACUGCAAUACUCCAAAGCCUGGAGUAGGGGAGGAGUGAUAGGACCUCUGUAUCCAUGAUGAAAGCUCAACCCAAUUAGAAUGUAUGCAUUUCAGAGCUCUAUUCCAAGUCGAUUAGGGUACAUUAUUAUUGAAUUACAUAUCCAAAAGCAUUAGGAGAUUUAUUUGUCUUAUGAUGUGUGACUGCUUUCAGAAAAAAAGCAGAUAUAAAAUUAAAUUUGACCUAAUUAUAUUAGCCAUUGGCUCCCACAGAACUGAGUGUUUCAGUAAUGUGUGAGUCUGCACUUUAUACUCUUGGAUUCCCUUUUCCAUUUAUUGGGCACAGUAUUUUCUGGAAAUGACAGAGACUAUAAUCAUUAUAUGAGCUAUAAACAAUUCAUAACAGGGGAGGGGGCAACACGGGAUUGGGGAGGCUUGUGAUUAUGCUUAGUGAUGUUCUACAGGGAAGCACAAACAAACAGCUGACAGAGGAAUGUUAUUUUAUGCAAGUCUUCCUUUUUAUAUAGUGGACUAUUUGUUAUUGUAUUGGAUGAUGUGUUUUCCCUCUGAUGCCAGUUUUGUUUAAAAUGAGGUAUGUGUCCCUGUUGCCUGUGGAUUAGAAGCAGGGAAGUUACCGGUAGCCUGAGACUGGCAUUUAGGGAGGUUUCUGGUGAGUGCAUUCUGAAAUGUUUUGGAAAAGUCCAAAUUGUGUGUUAAUUAGCAUGUAAUGCGCCUGAAUUGUUUGGUUAUGGUAUAGGAGUCAAGUCUGGUAAUAUCGGUACGAAAUGAGUCAGAGUUAACAAUAUUAUAGGUAGGGCAUUAGUCCAAAUGGUCUUGGUAACAAAUGAGUCUGAAUUGUGUGCGUAUUGGUAUGACAUGAGUAUAAAUUGUCUUUGGAUUGAUAAGAAAACAGUCCAAAUUGUCCAUGACUAUGUACUAAUGAGAAUGAUUAGCGGGAAGCAACGCGUCCUAAUUGUCUGAUUGACAAGAAGAAACAAGUCACCGGUUUUUAUGCGUUCGAGUCAUCAGACGAAUGACAAGAAUCUAUUCUUCCAUUGUUCCAUUUGUCCGAUUUUGCCUGAUUAACUGGAUUAAAUGAGUGCCUGUUGAUUGGGGGGAAAAUCAAUUCCACUUUGUGUAUUGUGAGAAUAAACACAAUCCCAGUAGGAAUGAAUUUAGGACAACUGAGAGAUAUCUGUCCUGGUGGUAUCACUCGUAUAGGUACAAUGCUGAUGAUGGUGGAAGGU